ACGCUGCCCGCAUAGUGCCGCUGUGAGGCCUGAGUGAGUGCGGGCGUGGAAUACAGGAAGGCGGAAAAUCAGCGGCCACCAGGAGAAAAGUGGAGUCGGUCUGGACUGAGAGGUUUUAUGAAUACUCGGUGUCGGCCACUAGACCCGAAUUAGAAACUCGCGUUUGUAGCAAACGGAAAAAUGGCUGCGGGCCUUAGGCGGUGAUUGGCACCGGAUAGUCCGCGCCAUCUUUAUUCGGGGCAAGAUCCAGCAGCGCCCAUGCGCAUACUUCUUGAAUGGGGUCGGGGCGAUUUGAAGAGGAGCAUUUACACAGCAACCGAAACCGAGAGAAACGUUUGUCUUUUCCAGAUUUUUACCCUGGACUGAUAGUGAUUUUUCUUCUGUGAAUUCGUUUUACAGGUUAUUAAUUAAGAAGAAUUUGCAGACCGGGAUCUCAAGCCAAGUUUUGAUAGUCAGAGGAGUCAUCAGGAUCUGAAUAUCAUUGGCGCUUAACUGUGGAAGGAAAAAGUGUUCUGUCUGAAAGGUUGAUUUGCAGAUGAUCCACAUCCAGAUCUGACAGUCACUCUGUUUACCAUAACCUAAUUAUCUCAGGAUUUUGAACAUUGAAGGAAAAUCUACCUUUCACACUGGCAAGAAGCACGUAUCGUCUGUGUGUGGGAGAGUCUGUGAAAAUUCAUUUGAAAUGUCCAAACGCCAGCACAGUCAAACUAGGGAGAGAAUGUUGAAAUGUGUGGAUUGCGAGAAGGGCUUUCUUUACCCAUGUCAGCUGGAAAUUCACCAACGCAGUCACACUGGGGAGAAGCCGUUCACCUGCUCUGAUUGUGGGAAGCAAUUUGCUCGAUCGUCUGACAUGUUCAAACACCAGCGAGUUCACACAGGGGAGAAACCAUUCAUCUGCUCUGAUUGUGAGAAACGAUUCAGUCAGUCAUCCGAACUGCUGAGACACCAGCGAGUUCACACUGGGGAGAAACCAUUCACUUGUUCUGAAUGUGGGAAGGGAUUCAGUCAGUCAUCCAGUCUGCUGGAACACCAGCGAUUUCACACUGGGGAGAAACCAUUCACCUGUUCUGAAUGUGGGAAAGGAUUUGCUCACUCAUCUAACCUACUAAUACACCAGCGAGUUCACACGGGGGAGAAACCAUUUACCUGUUCUGAGUGUGGGAAAGGAUUCACUCGAUCAUCAAACCUGCUGAUACACCAGCGGAUUCACACUGGGCAGAGACCAUUCAAUUGCUCUGAAUGUGGGACAGGAUUCACUUGCUCAUCCAAACUGUUGGUACAUCAACGAAUUCACACAGGAGAGAAACCAUUUACCUGUUCUGACUGUGGGAAGGGAUUCACUAGGUCACCCAGCUUGCUGAUACAUCAGCGAGUUCAUAGUGGACAGAGACCAUUCACUUGUUCUGAGUGUGGGAAAGCAUUCACUCAGGCAACUCACCUGCUAAUUCACCAACGGGUUCACACAGGAGAAAAACCAUUCACCUGCUCUGACUGUGGAAAGGGAUUCACUCGGUCAUCCAACCUGCUGAUACAUCAGCGAGUUCACUCUGGGGAGAGACCAUUCACCUGUUCUGAUUGUGGGAAGGAAUUCACUCACUCAUCUAAUUUACUGAUGCACCAGCGAGUUCACACUGGGGAGAAACCAUUCACCUGCUCUGAGUGUGGAAGGGGAUUCACCCGGUCAUCCAACCUCCAGAAGAGGCAGCGCAGUCACACUGGGGAGAGACUAUGGAAAUGUGGGGAUUGUGGGAAGGGAUUUCUUUACCCAUCCCAGCUGGAAAUGCACCAACGCAGUCACACUGGGGAGAAGCCUUUCACCUGCUCUGCCUGUGGGAAGGGAUUCACCCUGUCGUCCAACAUGCGGAUACACCAGCGGGUUCACACUGGGGAGAAGCCAUUCACCUGCUCUGAUUGUGGGAAAGGAUUCACUCAAUCAUACAGCCUGCGGAUACACCAGCGGGUUCACACUGGGGAGAAGCCGUUCACUUGCUCUGAUUGUGGAACAGGAUUCACUCAGUUAUCCAACCUGCGGAUACACCAGCAAGUUCACACUGGAGAGAAGCCGUUCACCUGCUCUGAUUGUGGGAAAGGAUUCACUAAGUCAUCCAACCUGCGGAUUCAUCAGCGGGUUCACACUGGAGAGAGACCAUUCACCUGCUCAAUGUGUGGGAAAUCUUUCGCUCAGUCAUCCCACCUGCGGAUACACCAGCAGGUUCACACUGGGGAGAAGCCGUUCACCUGCUCUGAUUGUGGGAUGGGAUUCACUCGGACAUCCAACCUGCGGAUACACCAGCGGGUCCACACUGGAGAGAGACCAUUCACCUGCUCAGUGUGUGGGAAAGCAUUCGCUCAGUCAUCCCACCUGCGGAUACACCAGCGAGUUCACACUGGAGAAAAACCAUUCACUUGCUCUGACUGUGGGAAGGGAUUCCCUUCAUCAUCCAUCCUGCUGAAACACCAGCGAGUUCACACUGGGGAGAGGCCAUUCACCUGUUCCGAAUGUGGAAAAGCAUUCAAUUGCACAUCUAAACUACUGAUACACCAGCGAAUUCAUAGUGGGGAGAGACCAUUCACUUGUUCUGAAUGUGGAAAAGCAUUCAAUUGCUCAUCUAAUCUGCUGAUACACCAGCGAAUUCACAGUGGGGAGAGACUAUUCACCUGUUCUGAAUGUGGAAAAGCGUUCCAUUUCUCAUCUAAUCUGCUGAUACACCAGCGAAUUCACUCUGGGGAGAAACCAUUCACCUGUUCUGAAUGUGGAAAAGCAUUCCAUUGCUCGUCUAAACUGCUGAUACACCAGCGAGUACAUACCAGAGAGAAACCAUUCACAUGUUCCGAUUGUGGGAAGGGAUUUACUCAAUCAUUCUACCUGCUGAAACACCAGCGAGUUCACACUGGGGAGAAACAUUCACUCAGUCAACUCACCUGCUAAUACACCAGUCCAUUUACUCUAAGGAGAGACCGUUCUCUUGUUUUGCACAUGGGAAGUGAUGUCAAACUGUUACCACACCAGUGAAAUGACACUGGAUGAAUCCUAUUCAUCUGCCCUGUUUGUGUAAAAGGCUUUUCUGAUUGCUAACACACCAGCAAGCUCACAAGUACCACAGAUGAAGCUUUGCUUUUAGUCACAUACCAUGGAAUGAACCUUGGUCAUUGGCUGUUUGUACUGACGUUAUUAAAGACUGUUCUAUUAAACGUGCAGAUAUUGUGGCUAAAAUAUUGAUACAAUUGUGUAUCUGUAGGAUAGGUUUUGAAAAUAAUCACAAUCUCACUGUAUAUCAGCACACUUAGAAUGGGUAGAGACUGCCUACCUGCAUAUUGUUUGUAAUAUGAUUUUGUAGUUCAUCAGGAAUGGUUAAACAACGAGUUCCCCAGUCAGCAUUGGAUUUUGAUGCUAUUGUUAUUCCAAAUCCAAACAAUGCUUUUUGGCCCUCCUUCUGAUUAUGUUUGUAAACACUACAGAUUCGGUGACCA